AUGUUAUACAAUUCUUUUAAAGGGCACUUAGAAGAUUCAGUUAAAAAAAAAUUUCGUGAUAAUGGCAUUGAUUUAGCUGUUAUUCCAAGUGGUUUGACUAGCAUUUGUCAACCACUCGAUGUUGCAAUUAAUAAACUGUUUAAAGACAAUCUUCGCAAAGAGUGGUAUCUUUGGAUAGCAAAAGGUGGUGCUGGAAAAACUGCAGCUGGAAACCUUCAACGUGCUAGAAUAAGUGAUGUAUGUGAUAUCUCAAAUGAUUUAAAUAAUACCAAUAGUGAUAGAUUAGAGGAUUCUGACAAUAAAUACAAAAAUAAUAAUAUCGAAAUCAUAGAUAUUAGUAAAGAUGAUAAAAUCAUAGAUAUUGAUGAGGACGAUGAAAUCAUAGAUAUUGAUGAUGAUGAUGAAAUUAUAGAUAUUAUAGAUAUUAGCAAUGAUAUGGAAAUAAUAGAUAUUAGUGAUGAUAAUGAAGUUAUGGACAUUAGUGAUAAUAGUGAAAUUAUAGAUAUUAGUAAUAAUUAG